CGGCUGCAGCCGGACGAGCAGAAGCAGCAGCAGCAGCAGCAGCAGCAGGAGGAGCAGCAGCAGCAGCAGCAGCAGCAGCAGCAGCAGCAGCAGCAGCAGCUCCCCGUGAUGAGCUUCCCGGUCUGCUUGCCGGCAUGGGUCGCACUUGCGGCGACGGCACUGCAAAAGCCGCGGCCUGGGUGGGGCCUGCCCAGCGCCAGCCCCAGCCCCAUUCCCAUCCCAAUCCCCAUCCCCAGCCAGCGAUGCACAACCCCCCAGCCCCAGCCAGCGACGCACACAUCCUGA